UUCUCUGUGCUCUGCAGGGGUGUUGAUGAGCUCGGUGAUGAGCACAUUGUCUCGUCCGAGCCGGAUGAUGCUGCUGGUGAACCCACAGAGCGGCAAAGGACAGGCGCUGACUCUCUACAACAACCACAUCCAACGAAUGCUCAACGAGGCGGGAGUCACACACACUCUGUUCAUCACCGAGCGGCAGAACCACGCCAGAGAGCUGGUGAAGGAGGCCGACCUGUCGCAGUGGGACGCUUUGGUGAUCAUGUCUGGAGACGGACUUCUGUUUGAGGUGAUAAAUGGUCUGCUGGAGAGACCAGACUGGGAGGAGGCGAUCCGGAUCCCGCUGGGUAUCCUACCUGGAGGAUCAGGCAACGCACUGGCUGCAUCCGUACAUCACUACUCUGGAGCCUCCCUGGUGUCCACUGAGGAGCUCCUGAUCAGCUGUGGUUUCCUGCUCUGUCAGGGCCUCGUGGCCCACAUGGACCUGAUCUCCAUCCAGCUCUCCUCCGGCCCUCGUCUCUUCUCCUUCCUGUCGCUGGCCUGGGGCUUCGUGGCCGACGUGGACAUAGAGAGCGAGAAGUACCGUCACGUCGGAGCCGCCCGGUUCACCGUCGGCACGCUGGUGAGGCUGGCUUCUCUCCGCGUCUACAAGGGCAAGAUGGCCUACCUGCUCGCGAGGAGGACGGAGAGCACGCCUUGUCGAAGCGCCUCCGAAGCCAACGCCGGCCCGCAUGACUCCCUGCUGCCUCCUCUGGACCAGCCGGUGCCCAGCGACUGGGUGGUGGUGGAGGAGGAAGAAUUUGUCCUCAUGCUGGCCAUGUACCAGUCCCACCUGGCGGAGGACCUGUUCGCAGCACCGGAAGCCACCUCGGACGACGGAGUCAUCCAUCUUUUCUACGUCAGGGCGGGGAUUUCACGCGCAGCGCUGCUGAAGCUGUUCCUGGCUAUGGAGAAGGGGACACAUAUGGUUACUAACUGUCAACAUCUGGUGCACGCUAAGGUGCGGGCGCUCAGGCUGGAGCCACUUUCACCCAAAGGGAUAAUAACAGUAGAUGGAGAAGUGGUGGACUACGGACCGGUGCAAGCAGAGGUACACAGAGGCCUGGCGAGGUUAAUCACUGGAUGAACUAACAUCACGGCUGCUGUUAGAGGCCCAAUAAACACAGUUUAGCAUUUCAAAUCAGAAAUGUAGGAGCAAAGCAAUGAAUGUAAGACUCAUUCACCGUUACCCACAACG